AUGAGAAUUGACCUGAUAUGUGAAGGCGAUCUUCAUGUGGCGACCUGGAGUUUGAAUGGUUGCUCCAACUGCUCCAUCGAAACAUUUCAAACUCCCCCUGAGAAGCUCAACCUUCAUUCCCUUGUUCGCGUCCCCUUGCUGCUUCUCGCCAUGCCCCUCGAAAUCGCCUUCCAUGUCCUCGAGAACGGCCCGCCUCAAUGGGUCCGUGACAACGUCGGACUUCUCAUAAAAACGUUGACGACUCUCGCCGUCCUCACACUCGCCAAAAUAUGGUUCAACGGCGCCUCGAGUCUGGCGGAACGUGACAUGUACGGGAGGGUGGUCAUGGUGACGGGCGGCACGUCGGGAAUAGGUUCAAGAGUGGCCUUCGAGCUGGCCCGGCGCGGCGCCCAGCUUGUCCUCCUCACCCAGGCGCCCGUAUCGGAUCCGUUCCUAGUCGACCACAUCAACGACCUGCGCGAACGCACCAAGAACAACCUCAUCUACGCCGAGCAAGUCAACCUCACGUCGCUGCACAGCAUCCGGCAGUUCGCGACCAAGUGGAUCGACAACUCCCCGCCCCGCCGCCUGGACAUGAUCAUCCUGGCCGCCGCCACCUUUACAACGCCCGGGCAACCGCAGGCCAAGACGGAGGACGGAGUCGAGGAGACAUGGAUGGUCAACUACCUGGCCAAUUUCCACUUGCUCGCCAUACUCAGCCCGGCUCUCCGCGCCCAGCCUUUCGACCGGGACGUCCGCGUCAUCUUCACCACCUGUUCCUCCUACAUCGGCGCGGGGCCCUUGUCCCAACCCCUGGAGGCCGAGAACUGGUCGCCCGGGGCGGCGUACAAGAGGAGCAAGUUGGCGCUCAUGACCUUCGGCGUGGCGUUCCAGAAACACCUAGACGCCUACAAGCGGCCGGACGGGCUGCCCAUGAAUGCCCGCGUCGUCUUCGUCGAUCCGGGCUACGCGCGCUCACCCGGGAUGCGCCGCUGGCUGACGCGCGGCUCGCUCUGGGGCCUUCUCCUCUACCUCGUCGCCUACCCGCUGCCCUGGCUUUUUCUCAAGAGCCCCCUUAAGGGCGCGCAGUCCAUCUUGUACGCGGCCAUGGACCAGGACCUGGGUAGGGGUGCCGGCGGGAGGAUGAUCAAGGAGUGCAGGGAGGUAGACUUUGCGCGGAAAGACGUGCACGACGAGGAGCUGGCCAAGAAGCUCUGGGAAGAGAGCGAUGCGCUUAUCGAGAAGGUCGAGAAGGAGCAGGCUCUGAAACGGGCUGAGAAGAAAGAGCGGGAGGAAGAGAAGGCCAAGGAGGCGGCAGAGGCAGAGAAGACCAAGGAGUUUGAAGGUCUGGUUGACGCAAUCAAGAAGGGCAAGGAGACUCAAAAGUCAAAGGGGAAGAAGAAAGCCAGGAAGGCCGAUACCUCAGGGUAG